CGGCUCAUUGCUCAGCAUACCAAAAAGGUCCGAACUGCAAACGGGCAAAAAUACCGGGCCAAAGCCCAAAUGUCACUCACCUAUUUCCCGCCAUUUUCACUACAAUCUCCCUGUAUAUAAGCGGUCCACGACUCCAUGAACACACUCGUGAGCUCCAUUUUUCCCACUAACGCACGAGCACCCUCAAAGGAGAAGAGGAAAGCAAUUAUGCCUGAGAUUGAUUACUCCAAGUGAUUUUUUUCAUCGAAUUUGUAGCGGUUGCAGUGUGCUAGGGUUCCCCGAGAUCCUGAUUUGCGACAAUGAAAAUGAAGAUCAACAAAGCCGUAGAUCUCAGCUCCAUCUCCGUUCUUCCUCCUCAAUCGAGGAGGUCGAGUGUGGUUACUAGUGGAUUAGAGUCCUCUUCAACCUAUGGGAGAAGCCAAACAGCAUCACAGCUUCGGCCACGGCAUUCACAGCUGACACUUUCACAGGGAGUUUCAUCUCAGCAUGGUCUCUGCUCUCAGUUGUCACAGAAUUCGCAGGAUGAGAUCCUCACUGGCGAGAAAUUGGGAUACCAAGAAAGAGAGAAUUCAGUUAGGAGGUCAUAUUGCCAGCCCCCAAUCAGUCAAACUAGAGAGGACAGUCAGAUGAUAUCUAAAACUUCCAACAAUAUGAUGCGCAGGUGGUCUGAUCAAGAAUACAAAAGUCAGAGUAACGAAGAACUUGAACACAGAAUUGGAGUGAUGGAAACUUCAUUAAGCAGGCUUGGAAUGAUUUUGGACACUGUUCAGAGUGAUGUAAUCCAAGUAAACAGGUGUACGAAGGAGGUAUCAAUGGAAAUGAAAGCAGUGGAGCAGAAAUUGAACAUUCAAGAUGACACACUGCAAUCAGUGAGCAAAGGACAAGAAGACAUCAAAAUGUGCCUGGAUGUGGGCCUGAAAUCCAUGACCGAUCAACUCAAGCAGAAAGUCAACCAAGAGAGUUUGGAGCCUAUAGUCUCAAAUAUCUCAGCUCUAUCAGAGAAAUUCGAGACUCGCCUGGUGAAAUUGCAAAAUGACCUCCACAUGGAUUUCUGCAAAGAAAUACAGGCAUGUGCAAUGUCGUGCAGCAUGAUGAUUUCCAAACAAAAACAAGCAACUGAUUCCACUAAUGCGCCUAUGGCUGUCAGCCAUCAUGUUUCUCACCAGGAAGUUCAGUAUCCAAACAAUGCAAAAACUCACCUGAAAGAACAGCAAAGAGGCCAAGAGUCGAAGGUUGAAACUGGAGUCUGGACAUCAGUCAAACAAGAAAGAGCAACCAGGGCCAUUGGAAAUCUUAGGAGGAACAACCAGAUAAAAGAAUCUCUAAAUCGAAAGGAAAGCAGAGUUGUCCUCGACUCUGAUGAGGAAACUGAUGAAGGUUUUUCCUGCUUGCUUAUUGGAAAGGGAGAUGGUAAAAACUAGGCAACCAUUCCCCACACUGAUUUUAUGUUUUUUCAGGAAUGGGAUCAAAUGAAAUAAAAGAUCAAAAAAUGCAUCUACAAUAAUUUGAUACUUUGGUCAUUGACAGAAAUAUGCAUCCAUCCAUCAAAGGGAUUCCUGAAUUUAAAUGCUAUUCCUUCUCCAGGUGUGUUUUAUAUUUCUCAAUUUAAUAUACCAGUUAUGUCUUUUUAAUACAACCAUUAUCACCCCAUUCAUUUUUCUGGUAUAUUGAGAGAUUGGACCAACAUUCUGCAAAAACACAGUUUGUCUGUAUGGUGCUCUGGUUAUAUUAACACAAAAUGCUCAUGCCAGUACAUCUUACAUCAGAUAGUAUUUGUUG